UAUGAGUCUGAAGCAAAGCUCCUCACCCAAAUAUCUCUUUCUCUCUCCUCUCACAUUCUCUCAUUCUUCACCAAAAGUAAACAGACUGAAGAAUUUCCAGGACAGGGAAGCGAGGUCAGGUCGAAUCGUCGUCGUGUUUCCGUUUUGGAACGUGUUCAAUUUUGAAGUGUAAAUUUUUGAAGGUUUGACUUUGGGAGUGGUGGUGUGAUCGGAGGCGGAGAAGAUAUGGCGGCUGCAAUGGCCGGGGAAGACCUGAUGAGGCAGUCGAGUAGCCGGCGGAGCUGGCGGUCGACGAGUGUGCGGGAAAUGUGGAACGCGCCGGACGUGUUCCAGAGGAGCGGGCGGCAGCAGGCGGUGGACGAGGACGAGGAGCUCAAGUGGGCCGCCAUAGAGCGGUUGCCGACUUAUGAUCGGAUGAGGAGAGGGAUGCUGACGCAGGUGAUGAGUAAUGGUAGGAUCAUGCAUGACACAGUUGAUGUCGCCAAUCUUGGUGCUCAGGAUAAGAAGCAGUUGAUGGAGAGCAUCCUCAAGGUUGUUGAAGAUGAUAACGAUAAGUUCUUGAAGAGACUCAGAGCUAGGAAUGAUAGGGUUGGAAUUGAGGUUCCGAAAGUCGAGGUUCGAUUCGAGGACUUGGAGAUUGAGGGAGAUGCAUAUGUUGGGACAAGAGCACUUCCAACUCUACUCAACUCUACCUUGAACGCACUAGAGUCACUAAUUGGAUUGGUUGGACUCUCGCCGUCGAAGAAAAGAGUUGUUAAGAUUCUCCGAGAUGUGAGCGGUGUCGUGAAACCAUCAAGGGUCACACUGCUCCUUGGACCUCCUUCUUCAGGAAAAACAACACUGCUAAAAGCACUUGCUGGCAAACUCGAUAAAGAUCUAAGGGUAAAUGGGAAGGUGACGUAUUGCGGUCAUGAGUUUAAUGAAUUUGUGCCUCAGAGAACCUCUGCUUAUAUUAGCCAGCAUGAUCUUCAUUAUGGUGAGAUGACAGUUCGUGAAACAUUGGAUUUUUCCGGACGUUGCCUGGGAGUUGGAACCAGGUAUGAUAUGCUGGUGGAGUUGUCUAGAAGGGAGAAAGAUUCAGGUAUCAAACCUGAUCCUGAAAUUGAUGCGUUCAUGAAAGCCACAUCUAUGUCGGGCCAGGAAACAAGUUUGAUCACUGAUUACGUUCUCAAGAUACUUGGACUGGAUAUUUGUGCUGAUAUCAUGGUGGGUGAUGACAUGAGAAGGGGUAUCUCUGGAGGGCAAAAGAAGCGUGUAACUACUGGAGAAAUGUUGGCUGGACCAGCAAAAGCAUUUUUCAUGGAUGAAAUAUCAACAGGACUGGACAGUUCCACCACCUUUCAGAUUGUCAAGUUUAUGAGACAGAUGGUUCAUAUUAUGGAUGUAUCAAUGGUCAUCUCUCUCUUGCAGCCUGCACCUGAGACUUAUGAGCUUUUUGAUGACAUUAUUCUUAUUUCUGAGGGUCAAAUUGUCUACCAAGGCCCACGUGAGAAUGUUCUCGAGUUUUUUGAAUACAUGGGAUUUAAAUGCCCAGAUAGAAAAGGUGUUGCUGACUUCUUGCAAGAAGUGACCUCAAAGAAGGAUCAAGAGCAGUACUGGUAUAAGAAGAACCAAGCUUACAGAUAUGUCUCUGUACCUGAUUUUGUCAGGGCUUUCACCUCUUUCCAUGUUGGUCAAAGGCUUGUAGAGGAACUAAGAGUUCCUUAUGAUAAAAGAUCUACACAUCCUGCUGCUUUGGUGAAGGAAAAGUAUGGAAUAUCCAACAAGGAGCUCUUCAAGGCAUGUAUGGCAAGGGAAUGGCUGCUGAUGAAGCGUAACUCGUUUGUGUACAUCUUCAAGACUACCCAGAUUACAAUCAUGGCUACUAUUGCUUUGACUGUAUUCUUAAGAACGGAAAUGAAAGCUGGGAACGCAAAAGAUUCUGCCAAAUUUUGGGGAGCUCUCUUUUUCAGUCUCAUCAAUGUCAUGUUUAACGGAAUGGCAGAGCUUGCAAUGACAGGUUUCAGGCUUCCUGUGUUCUUUAAACAAAGAGAUGCUUUGUUCUACCCUGGCUGGGCUUUUGGCUUGCCAAUUUGGCUAACCAGAAUUCCAAUUUCACUGAUGGAAUCUGGCAUAUGGAUCAUUUUUACGUACUACACCAUCGGAUUUGCCCCUGCAGCCAGUAGGUUCUUUAAACAGUUCUUGGCUUUUUUCGGAAUACAUCAGAUGGCACUUUCCCUCUUCCGUUUCAUUGCUGCUCUUGGGAGAUCAGAGGUUGUUUCAGGCACAAUUGGUUCCUUUGUGUUGCUAAUGGUGUUUGUCCUGGGAGGUUUCAUUGUUGCUAAAGAUGACAUUGAAUCCUGGAUGAUAUGGGGCUACUACGUUUCACCUAUGAUGUACGGACAGAAUGCAAUUGCUAUCAAUGAAUUUCUGGCCGAAAGAUGGAGUGACCCUACUCCCGCCAAUGCAAGUCAACCCACAGUUGGAAAGCUACUUCUCAAGCAAAGAGGCCUGUAUACUGAAGAGUAUUGGUAUUGGAUUUGUGUUGGAGCGCUCUUCGCAUUUUCUCUUCUCUUUAAUGUUUUCUUCAUCGCAUGCUUGACCUUCUUAGAUCCUCUCAGUGAAACUAAAACUUUGAUUGAGAACGACGACGCUGAAAGCAACAAGAAGCGACGAUCCAAUCCUGAAGGUAUUGGCAUGCAAGUGAGAAAUGCUCAAGGAGGUCAAGCCAGAAGAGGAAUGGUUUUGCCUUUCCACCCCCUUUCACUUGCUUUCAACCAUGUGAAUUACUAUGUUGAUAUGCCUGCUGAAAUGAAAACUCAAGGGAUUGAAGAGGAGCGACUGCAACUACUGAGAGAUAUUAGUGGUGCUUUUAGGCCAGGUAUUUUGACUGCAUUAGUUGGUGUUAGUGGUGCUGGAAAGACCACCUUGAUGGAUGUCUUGGCUGGAAGAAAGACAGGGGGGUACAUUGAAGGAAGUAUUACCAUCUCGGGUUACCCAAAGAACCAAGAGACAUUUGCCCGGGUCAGCGGUUACUGUGAGCAGAAUGACAUUCAUUCUCCAUUCAUUACUGUGUAUGAAUCUCUCUUGUACUCUGCAUGGCUGCGUCUUGCUAAAGAUGUCAAGACGGAGACUCGAAAGAUGUUUGUUGAUGAGGUUAUGGACUUGGUCGAGCUUCAUCCAUUAAGGAAUGCUUUAGUUGGACUUCCAGGAGUUGAUGGACUUUCAACUGAGCAAAGAAAAAGGCUCACUAUUGCUGUGGAGUUGGUUGCAAAUCCCUCUAUCAUCUUCAUGGAUGAGCCAACUUCAGGUCUUGAUGCUAGAGCAGCUGCCAUUGUUAUGCGUACCGUAAGAAACACUGUGGAUACAGGACGAACUGUUGUUUGCACGAUUCAUCAACCUAGCAUUGACAUAUUUGAAGCUUUUGAUGAGCUUUUCUUGAUGAAAAGAGGAGGACAGGUGACUUAUGCUGGACCUCUAGGCCGCCAAUCUCACAAACUUGUUGAAUAUUUUGAGGCUAUACCAGGGGUUCCCAAGAUCAAAGAUGGUUACAAUCCUGCUACCUGGAUGCUGGAUAUCAGCUCUUCUGCAAUGGAAGCUCAACUUGACAUUGACUUUGCAGAAGUAUAUGCGAACUCUGAUCUCUAUAGGAGAACUCAGGAACUGAUCAAGGAGCUAAGCACACCGGAGCCAGGCUCUAAGGAUCUUUACUUCCCCACCCAAUACUCACAAAGCUAUUUAACUCAAUGCAAAGCUUGCUUCUGGAAACAACACUGGUCAUACUGGAGAAAUUCACGAUACAAUGCCAUUAGGUUUUUCAUGACGAUUUGCAUUGGUGGAUUAUUUGGUGUUAUCUUCUGGAGCAAGGGAGACCAGAUCCACAAACAACAGGAUUUGAUUAAUCUUUUGGGAGCUACCUAUGCUGCUGUUCUCUUCCUUGGCGCUAGCAAUGCUUCUGCUGUGCAAUCUGUGGUUUCAGUUGAGAGAACAGUGUUCUACCGUGAAAGAGCAGCGGGAAUGUAUUCAGAGCUGCCUUAUGCAUUUGCUCAGGUCGCUAUUGAGACAAUCUAUGUUGCAAUCCAAACCUUUAUAUAUUCCGCUAUUCUGUACUCCAUGAUUGGGUACACUUGGACGGCGACGAAGUUUUUCUACUUCUACUACUUCAUUUUCAUGUGCUUUACCUACUUCUCAAUGUAUGGAAUGAUGGUGGUUGCCCUUACUCCUGGUCAUCAAAUUGCUGCCAUUGUUAUGUCUUUCUUCCUGAGUUUCUGGAACUUGUUCUCUGGUUUCCUCAUCCCUAGACCGCUCAUCCCCAUCUGGUGGAGGUGGUACUACUGGGGUUCUCCAGUUGCUUGGACCAUCUACGGCAUCUUCGGAUCUCAAGUUGGUGACAUGACAGCUGAAAUCGAUAUGGCUACUGGGGAAAAACUAGCAAUUAACACAUUCGUCAAGCAAUAUUUAGGUUAUGAAUAUGACUUCAUGAUUCCUGUUGUCAUUGCUCAUGUUGGUUGGGUUCUUCUCUUCUUCUUUGUCUUUGCCUAUGGUAUCAAGUUCCUCAACUUCCAAAGGAGAUAAGCUUUACUGUGCAGCAGUUUACCUUCAAAAUGUGAAAUAUUUAGUUGAGUGUAUAAACAUUUUAGUUGGAGUUAGAGGGACACAACCAUGCCCUCUCUUUUUCUUUUCUGAUCUUUCUGUGUAGCUUUGAGUGGCCUGGUUACCCUUUUCAUUUUACUUCUGUAUAGCUAUUAUGAUUCUUGAAAAAUCAAAUAAGCAAAGUUUGUCAUCAUUCCUCUUAA